GACAUCUCCCGUCAGAAACGUGCAAGGUAAGCCCAAAUCCACCAGAAAACAUCCAGAGAAAGUCGUUGCCGCUCGCCCACCCCCAUGGCGUCCGCCGCCGGCGACCCGCUCCUCCCCCCCGGGGGCAGCGGACGCCGCCUCGGGUUCCUCCCCUCCUCCGUCCAUCUCAAGACCUCCGUCUGGUCCGAGCUGGGCGGCGCGGUGGGCGACCUGGGCACCUACAUCCCCAUCGUGCUCGCGCUGUCGCUGGCGUCGCACCUCGACCUCGGCACCACGCUCAUCUUCACCGCGCUCUACAACUUCUCCACGGGCCUGCUCUUCGGCAUCCCGAUGCCCGUGCAGCCCAUGAAGUCCAUCGCCGCUGUCGCGCUCUCCUCGGCGCACCUCACCAUCCCGCAGAUCAUGUCCGCGGGGCUGUCGGUCGCCGCCGUCCUGCUCUUCCUCGGCGCUACGGGCCUCAUGACCUGCCUCUACCGCCUCCUCCCGCUCCCCGUCGUGCGCGGCAUCCAGCUCUCGCAGGGGCUCUCCUUCGCCUUCACCGCCGUCAAGUACAUACGCUACGUCCAGGACUUCUCCCACUCGUCCUCUGCCUCCACCGCCGUGGCGCGCCCGCUCCUCGGCCUCGACGGCCUGGUCCUCGCGCUCGCGGCGCUGCUGUUCAUCAUCCUCGCCACCGGCUCCGGCGACGACGAGGAAGUCUCCAGCGACGGCACGAUCCGCCGCCGCCGCUCCUGCAGCCGCGUCCCGGCGGCGCUCAUCGUGUUCGCGCUCGGCCUGCUGCUCUGCUUCGUGCGUGACCCGUCGAUUGUGCAGGGCCUUCGUUUUGGGCCGGCGCCGCUGCGGAUCGUCAAGAUCACCUGGGACGAUUUCAAGAUCGGGUUCUGGGAAGGCGCGGUGCCGCAGCUCCCGCUGUCCGUGCUGAACUCGGUGAUCGCCGUGUGCAAGCUCUCGUCGGACCUGUUCCCCGAACGGGCCGAGCUCUCCCCGGCGAGGGUGUCGGUGAGCGUCGGCCUCAUGAACUUCGUCGGCUGCUGGUUCGGCGCCAUGCCGUGCUGCCACGGCGCGGGCGGACUGGCGGGGCAGUACCGUUUCGGCGGCCGGAGCGGAGCGUCCGUGGUGUUCCUGGCCAUCGGCAAGCUGGCGCUCGGCCUCGUGUUCGGCAACUCGUUCGUGACGAUCCUCGGGCAGUUCCCCAUCGGGAUACUGGGCGUCAUGCUGCUCUUCUCUGGGGUCGAGCUCGCCAUGGCGUCGCGCGACAUGGGCACGAAGGAGGAGUCCUUCGUCAUGCUCAUCUGCGCCGGCGUGUCGCUCACGGGCUCGAGCGCCGCACUGGGGUUCAUCUCGGGAAUUGUUUUGUACUUGCUGCUGCGCCUCCGAGACGUCGACUACCGAGGGCUGCUCGGUCGUUGGGGCGCUGGCCGGCGGCAAACCGGGAACAAAGCUGGAGGAGACGGUGACGAAGAUGCUUGAUCAACAACACAUAUCAGGAAUCAAGGUUACAACUUACUCCCUCCAUCCCAAAGUCAUUCGAAGAAUCUUAGAGAGUCAAAGCAUCUCAAGUUUGACCAAAAUUAUAGAGAAAAUUAUAAAGAUUUAUGACAUCAAAUAGGUAUACUAUGAAAAUAUAAUUGAUGAAGAAUCUAAUGAUACUUAGAUGACAUCAUUAAUGUUAUUAUAUUAUCAUAUAAAUUUGGUCAAACUUGAGAUACUUUGAUUCUCCAAGAUUUUUGGAAUGACUUACAAUUUGGAAUGGAUGAGUACAAAGUUUGAACAGAUUCAUGCUCACGAGUCAAUUUGUCAAAUAUUUGUUGCGGCAAAGUAUGCACUGUGGGCAACUUUGAGCAUUGUACAGCUACUAGUUUUACAGCAAGAUGCAUUGCCUAUUAAUGUUUCCUCAUGUACAAUAGCCAUAGAAUGCAUCAUCAUUUUUCUAUGACCGGAAAAUAUAUGCAUAUCCCAAGUGACAAUUCAAUACAUAUCUGCCUUUGUCUUCUUCCA